AUGUAUACUGGUCAAGUAAAAGGUGGAAAGCUAAAGUUGAAGAAGAAGAACAUGUAAGUUUUGUUGUUUUUGUAUUUAUUGGGUCUAAAACAUUGAUUUAAUUGUACUUUACUUUAGUUUUAAAUCUGACAAAACCAAAAAGUCAAAGAAAGGCAAUGGAGAUGGAGCCGGCAGCAGCAAAGUUGACCCUGAUCAGCUUGAACAUGGUAUGAUUUGUUAUAUUUCUUGAUUUUAGAUACAGAUCUAUAUAUACUUAAAAGUUAUUCAUAGCUUACAUGAAAGUGAACCAUAAUUUUAAUCGAGUCUUGGUUUAAAUAUACAUCUUCUGCAGAAUCUGAGAAGGUAAAAAAUUAAUUUAUAUUGUUUUAGGUGGCUGGUGGAGAAUAAAUGAAGCACCCGACUUUCGUGGAGGUAUAGAAGUGGCCAUGGAAGCUGGUGAUUUUUCGAAUUGUUACUUGGCUGCUCAGGACAAUGGAUACUUUACAUUGGGGCCAAAGCAUUUCAACGAGCUUGAGCCACAUCCUGAAGAGAUAUUGUCAGUUAUAAAGGCACCGGACGAUGAAAAGUUCAGUUUGAAGACAGGAUUUGGUAGAUAUUUGGGUGUUGAGACUGAUGGACGACUUGUAGCUAUUGCAGAGGCUGUGGGACCUCGAGAACGAUUUGAAGUUGUUUUUCAGGAUGUAAGUUGAUAAAGGAAAGGUUUAAUUAAUUGAUUUUAUUGGGGAACUGUAAUAUCUGGGAAAAGCAUUAAGAAAGUGGUUGUUUUAAUUUCUACAAUGGUUACUUUGAGUACUACAACACGCUUUUUCAGAACAGAGCUGCGAUUCAGUGUUCAGCGAGCAAUUUGUUUAUCACAUGGGAACCAGACAAGGAUGGCAAUGUAUAUGUAUCGUCUAAAACGGCUAGUGCUAAACAGUUUUUGAAUGUAAGUUAGAAACUAUUUGAUGUUUUAUGAUUAAGACUCAAAAUUAUAAUUAAAGAAACGCAAUGAUAUCUCUUGAACUUGCUAAAAAUUUGUAAAAAAUCAUUUGCUACUUAUAAAACUAACUUUUUGAUUAAUUAUAUAUUCAAACACAACCUUUUUCAUGAUUUAUACGAGUACAAAUAGCAAAUCUAAAAUGAUAUUGUUUUAGAUAAGAACCAAUUCCACAAAAAAGGCAGCAGCCGACUUCACAGCAGCUGAAGACUUGCUGGAAGGAGCGAAAUGUGAAGACUCAUAUGUCAAGAUGUACCAACAUUCACGUGUCGAUCUGAAGAAUAAGCAUAUAUCUAUAAAUUUGAAUGACAAGUCCUCAAUCGAAAAGGCUAAGAAGUCUGGGACUUUGCACGAAACGCUACUGGAUCGACGUGCAAAACUCAAAUCUGACAAGUAUUGUUAA